AUGUUAAACACGCGUGAUCGUACGGAUGAAUUUGAAAAAACUGUGAUACAAAUUAUUAGUAGAAGAGAUGCUUUUUAUUGUUCUCCUAAUACUUCGAUCAAUUGCCGUCAACAGCCUCAAUCAGUUAUAAAGCAACAUGUUGUUUUCAUGCAAAGUGUAAAGAAAGUCGGUGAAGAUCUCUCACAAAUACUUUUAAAAUUAGAACAAUUAGCAAUAAUCACAAAGCAAUCGUCAUUAUUCAAUGAUAAAACAAUGGAAAUUGAUGACUUGACACAGUCAAUAAACCAGGAUAUUACUAAUUCAAAUCUACAUAUUGGACUGCUUCAACAAUCGAAAAUAACGACAAUGUCGAAUGGUUUUAAAGCAAUUCGUGAUGCUCAAAUUCAAAAUAUGAAAAAACAAAAAACACGUCGAGAUAAUUUUUCACGAAGUACAGUUGCAUUAUCAUUGACUGCCCCUUCAUCAGUUACCAAUAAUAAAACAAAUCAAUCCUCGAUACUUUUUCGUGAUGAUAAUCAUGCUACACAUGAAGAUGCUACUAUUAUUAGUAUGGGUUCUGAACAAAGGUUUCAUUCGCCAUUGAAACAACAAUUCCAAAAAAUAGAUGAAACGGAUAUGGAAUAUCGUUUGCAAACAAUGCAACGCAUCGAGCAAACAAUCGUUGAAGUUGGCGAUAGUCUUACUCAAUUAGCUACUAUAAUACAAGAACAGAAAGAGUCGAUUGAGAAAAUUGAUAUAAAUGUUAACCAAGCUACGAACCGUGUGGAAGAUGCACAUAGAGAAUUAAGUGGAUAUUAUGAUUCGAUGAAAUCUAGUCGAUGGCUUAUUAUUAAAGUAUUUGCAGUAUUAAUUAUAUUUUUUCUUAUCUUUCUUAUUUUUUUUGCUUAA